AGCAUAGCACACCGAGGUGUCCUGCACCCCAUGAUGCAUUUACGCGCUGCGACAAGUCCGUCCAAGGGAUUACUCCUAUUUACCAAAGGAAAAGUCUAGGGAACAGGAACCGAGUCGUCCCGUGUCCGUCGGCAGCAGGAGCGAAGUCGGUCUCUCUCUCUCUCUCUCUGUUUGCGGAAAGGGAGGAGAGGCGUUUGGCGAGAGAUUAUCAGAACGAUCCCUCGUUUAAUCAUAGAGAGAGAAACGCACUCUGCGCGAACGGAGAAAUGGAUCAGGUAUUGAACAAGGUUGGAUCGUACUGGUUGGGUAAGAAAGCCAACAAGGAGCUCGAUUCCGUCGGCGACGAUAUCAAUUCGUUGUCCACCAGCAUUUCAGGAGGAACCAGUUGGUUGGUUAACAAAAUCAGAGGGAAAAUGCAAAAGCCACUACCAGAAUUGCUGAAGGACUAUGACAUGGCAAUUGGUAUUUUCCCUCGCGAUGCUACAAACUAUGAGUUCAAUGAAGAGACAGGUAAGCUUACCGUCUACAUACCCUCGAUUUGUGAAGUGGGUUACAGGGACUCGUCUGUUCUGCGGUUUUCAACCACCGUAACUGGAUAUCUGGAGAAGGGGAAAUUAGCCGAUGUAGAGGGGAUAAAGACAAAGGUGAUGAUUUGGGUAAAAGUUACGUGUAUCUCAUCCGACGGAGGAAAGCUCCAUUUCACAGCUGGGAUGAAGAAAACCAGGAGUCGUGACGCUUAUGAGGUUCUUAGAGAUGGAUUGGGCGUGGAAAAGUUUUGAAAUGGGUUGCGAUGUCUGCGCAAAUAUACUCCGUAUAUCCUUGUAAGCUGUAACACUAUUCUGAAGGAUCUUGGAACCCUUUGCUUGCCUUCUUAACACUUGGUUGUUGUAAUGAUGAAUGUCGUAAGUGGAAAUGAGUCCAAUGACUUCGAUUGUGUGGAUUCGUCUUUCAAUAUAUGUUUGAAUGAUGCCAUGUAGCAGCUUGUAAGCAUGGUGAUUGUUUUCUCGUAAUAAAUAAACCAGUAUCAACGUCAACUGUAUGACGAUCUGUUCCGGUCAA